GCCGCACGUUGACGGGUGCAGCGAGGGGGAACCGGAGCAUGCGCCUGCGGCGCAGGCAAACGUGAUGUCUUUCGGCAUCACCCAAGCGCAAGCUCUCAAGAAAGACCCGGCUCUGACGGCCACCUCCUCUGGCUACAUCUCCAAGGAGUUUACCCUCGGAUCGGCGAGUGUGGAUUCGUUUAUCCCAGGCUUGAUCUAUCUUCCGGAGUUCCUCACAUUUGAAGAGGAGCAGGACAUAUUGGCUGCCGUGGAUGCAGCGGCUUGGGAUGGGGACAACAAGUCCCGGCGAACUCAGCAGUAUGGCUAUGGGUUCCACUGGCGCAACCGGCACGCCAACGCCUUGACAAAGCUUGAUCCGCCCCGAAGCGGGAUGCCGGCUUGCUCGCAGGCCGUCCUAAACCGUCUGGUCUGUGAGGGGCAUCUGGAGAGUCCGGAAUUCGACCAGUGCAUCGUCAACGACUACAUUGGUGGUCAAGGCAUCAAGGCCCACCGAGAUCGGGAGUUUUUCGGCGAGGCGGUAGUGGGCUUCUCCCUGCGCAGCCCGACCAUCAUGGACUUCCGGUGCCUUCGAAGCGGGGAAGUCCGCGCAGUGCUCUUGGAGCCACGGUCGGUUCUCAUUCUGACGGCGGAUGCGCGAUGGUCCUGGCAGCAUGCAAUCACACCCGCGCCAGCGCUGCUGUGGCGCGGCGCAACAUUGCCUCGAGGGCACCGCACGUCGCUGACCUUCCGGAGCAUCAGCGAUUGGAGCGUGAUCGGUUAG